AUGAAGUCGAUCAACGUGACCAAAAGUGUACUGAGCAUCAGCUCACCUGGCACGCAUCUCAAGGCGGGUGAUGAUGCACUGGCCCGAAAGUUGACGCGAUAUGUCAACGAGUUUGCUGCCGCCCUCAAGAAACGAAAACCCGAGCAGUUUGGAUUCUUUGCUUCCUUGCCGUUGGCCGACGCCCAGGGAUGUCUGGAGGAAAUCCCGUACGCACUGGAUCAACUCCACGCCGAUGGCUUCGUCGUCUUGACCAACUUCCACGGUUCUUACCUUGGACACAAAGAUUUCGACCCGAUCUUUGACGAGCUCAACCGCAGGAAAGCCAUUGUUUUUAUGCACCCAACCACUCCAUGUUUGUCUCAUGGCGGACCUGCGGCGACCCCUCUUCCCGAGUUCCCCCGGCCCAUGUUCGAGUUCUUGUUUGACACUGCCCGCGCCGUCAUCAACUUGUUUCUGUCCGGCACGGUCAGUCGCUGUCCCAACAUUACGUUUCUGGUGCCUCAUGUGGGUGGCACGUUCCCGCCUUUGAUCAACAGGUUUGCCAAUGUUGGUCCGGCGUUGAAUCUUCCUGGCAUUGAUCGCGAGGUGACACCCACUUGGAUCAAGCAGAGGUUGAAUCAGCAGUUCUACUUCGAUACGGCGGGAUGGGCAUUUCCCGAACAGAUCAAAGGCUUGUUGCAGUAUGUCACGGUGGAUAGGGUGCUCUACGGGAGUGACUUUCCCUUCACUCCGCUGAAGAUUGUUACGCCGUUGUCGCAGGAGCAUGACCAGUAUUUGCCCGAGGUGUUUCCUGACCAGGAGGACCGCGAGAAGCUCUGCAGCAGGAAUGCCCUUCAGCUGUUCAGCCGGCGAUCAUGA